UUUAUUUACCCAUCACACAUAUACACAUACACACACACAUCAUACACAUCAUACACAUCAUACACAUCAUACCCAUCAUACAUACCUAUCAAUACAUCACACAUCACACAUCAUCACACAUAUCUAUCUAUCAAACCUCCUUAGCUUUUUUAUCUUGUCUUGUCUUGUCUUGUUACCUCUUGCUAUCUGAAACCAAGCCACUUUUAUUUUUAUUAUUUUUUGAUUUGAUUUUGAGCUACUUAAUUGUAUUCAACUUGUACUCUGGUAAAAAGACGAAGGCAUUGAUAGUAAAGGCAAAGUCAUUCCAAGGAUAACUUAACUUCUCUACAUGAAAUAAUCAGUAAUCGGCGCCAUGCUCGUAGAUGAGAUUAACGGUGUGCGACAAAACGGCAACACCAGCACCAACGGCGACACCAGUGGCGACCUCAACGGUCAUGGUCCAGCCAAGCGUCGUGAAACCAAUGGAUCACGACACAGUUCCGAAGUCUGCGUCGUGGGAGCCGGUCCGGCUGGCUUGAUGUUGGCCGUUCUAUUGGCUAGAUUCGGCAUCAAUGUCGAGGUCAUAGAUGAAAGAGCCGACCAGACACAAGCUGGUCGUGCUGAUGGGUUACAGCCCAAAACAAUAGAGACUCUGCGUCAGCUCAAACUCGCAGAUGGCCUUUUACAGAAAGGCGCUAAGGUGUUUGACAUCUGCUUUUGGGAAGCCACCGCGAACCGCCGCUUAAGGCGUUUAGGCCGUGAAAUUCAUUAUCCGGCACUAGUCGUUGAUUUACUCGACGACUACAUCCUCCUUGUUCAUCAGGGAGUUGUAGAAGGAGUAUUUAUAGAGGACCUCCGAAAGCGUGGUGUGGAAGUAAGGCGAAGUCACCAGUUUCAAUCAUUCAAACGACAUGACGACGAUUCAGGUUUAUUAGAAAUCGAGUGUAAAACUACGGCUACCGGAGAAAAGGAGACGACGUUAUCCAAAUACAUAGUAGGAUGCGAUGGUGCUCGUUCCAAAGUACGACACUGCAUACCAGAUACGUAUUCUGUGGGCACAUCCCAUGAAUCCGUAUGGGCCGUGCUUGAUGGAGAACUCAUCUCAGAUUUCCCGGACCUCUGGUCCAAGACAGUCGUCUACAGCGAAAUGCAUGGUUCUAUAUUAAUUGUCCCGCGGGAACGGGGCACUACUCGAUUCUACGUCGAGAUCAAGCCGGAUACUGAAACCGGCAACUUGCGAGAACUCGGACAAGAAUUCGUCAUGCAGCGUGCCAAGCAAAUAUUAGCGCCGUACUCUGUCGAAUGGCGUACCGUAGAGUGGUUCGGUAAUUAUCAGAUUGGGCAGCGGAUAGCGAAUAAAUUCGCCGAUCCGCAUAUGCAAGCAUUCAUCGCCGGAGACGCAAGCCAUACUCAUUCGCCCAAGGCUGCCCAGGGCAUGAACACUAGCAUGCACGAUAGUUGGAACCUCGCGUGGAAACUGAACCUCGCAACCCGAGGUUUAGCAAAGCCAGUUCUCCUGGAGUCUUACGAGAUGGAACGUAGGAAGAUUGCCCACGACCUUAUUAACUUUGACUAUGAACACGCCAAUAAAAUGGCCGGGGGUGACGCCAAAUCACUCGCCGAGAACUUCCGCACCAAUGUGCGAUUUAUCUCUGGUGUAGGUGUUGAGUACGAUGAGAAUAUACUUAACCGCCCAACCAAGCGCAGCGGAGGAGAGCUAAGGCCAGGAUGUCUUGUGCCUCCCGCAAAAGUGACCCGAUAUAUUGACGCGAAUCCCAUUGACGUCCAACUUGAUAUUCCUAUGCUCGGACAGUUCAGGGUAUACUUUUUCGUGCCGGAUAUCCAUAAUAGCAUGCCAUUCCUACAGACUUUCUGUAACGGAUUAACGCGGCAAGACUCAUUGUUUAGGAAACUGAGUCAAGCAGCGGCGGCAAGCUAUGUGGAGAAGCCGCGCACUCCUACCUCUGAAGAUGUCUUCGUGCGAGCAGAGAGAUACAUAAGCGUCAGCGAAAUCACGACGUUUGCUCUCAUCACAACCAUGGACAAAGCUAGAGUAGAGGUCCAAGACCUUCCCCCGCUCUUCGCGCGAAGCGCAUGGACAUUCUACCUAGAUAAUGUACCAUAUCUAGACACGCGUAGACAGACAUGCACGAGCAAAUGGGUGGGAACUCUACAGAAGGACGAGGUGUCUAUCGUCAUCAUACGGCCUGACGGCUACGUUGGGUCUAUUAACAGAUGGGACUCACUCGAUAUAAACGCCGGCACAACUGCUGCCGACUGGUUAAAUUCGUAUUACGAUGGGUUCCUCCAGGUUCCCGAGAAAUAGAAAGGAUAGUAAUGGGCUCUAGUAGCGAGGAUGAAUGAAGGAUGGAAAUUGCGGCAUACCUACUUGCAUGGUUUGGAGAACGUUUGGGUCUUUUAUCAUCAUCUUUUUUGAACCAUUAAUUCGGCAAGUUGUGCAGUGUAUUGUACGUUUCAAAUGUUUGCUCGGGCUCAUUUAGGGGAUACACCAAUGCGUUUAGGUACUCAUCUAUCAAUCAAUUCAUCUACUAUUUUCAACUUCUCUGCCUGCCUACCUAGGUAUGUAGCUCACAAGAAGGAAACAAGGAA